AUGGCAGGUAGCAUCACUGAUUAUUUACGGAGGCAUGGAGUGAAUCUGAGCCCCAGCUUCUCAGAAGAACAGGCUGGUGACAAUUGGCGUAACUGGGAAGCUGUUGAAGAGCUGCACAUGAGGAAUGCAUUAGUCCUUAGCUCAAGGUUUCGGCGUCCUAAACGGAAGAAGCUGGCGGCUGCCGAAUGGCAGCGUGUGUCAAAAAUCACUAACGUGCCACAAUAUCCGGUUUCUGCUGUGGCACGAAAUGGGAUUUCUGACGUCAUAGAUGUGAAACUGUACCAGUACAUAGAUGAUAUUCUGAUUGGAGGAACUUCCCCUGAGAAGGUGGGGGAAGCGGCAGCAGCAGUAUGGCAAGCCCUAAAUAAAGCAGAAAUUGAGAUUCCACCCGGAAAACACAGCAUAAACCAGCACGGGCCUGCCGGGACGGAGCAGCGCCCGAAACGCCCCGUUGCCGCCGGGGCCCAGCAGCGCUCCACCGCACGUCCCGGGGCAGAGCAGAAACCCGGGGUUUCUCUUAAGGAAGCAGCGCUGCGAGGUGCUCGGACCUGGCGCCCCGAGGGGGAGGCCGCUGGCAGGAGGAGAGCGAGCGCCUCCCGGAGACUCAAUGAGAGAGAGAGAAUUGGAGAACUGGGGGCACCUGAAGUCUGGGGACUGUCACCAAAGGUUCCCGACCCCGACUCCGAUGAGCAUACACCGGUAGAAGACGAAGAGGCGAAGUCCAAGAGUAGUUCUUCAGAUUCCAGUUCAGAAGAGGAAAAAAAGAAAAAGAAGAAGAAAAGAAAGAAGAAAAAGCGGAAGGCAUCUAAAAGAAAACGCAGAAAACAUUCUGAGGACAGCGACAGUGAGUCGGAGUCUGAGCAGGACUCCAGUGGUGAAGAUAAAAAGAAAAGCAAGAAGAAGAAAAAGAAGAACAGAAAGAAGAAGUAUAAGAAAAAGAAAAAUAAGAAGAGCAGGAAGGAAUCCAGUGAUUCAAGUAGUGAAGAUUCUGAUGAUGAAACAUUUCAAGGGGAAGAUCUCUGGAUUGAGAGAUCAAAAAAUACAGAAGCUGAUAGCCUGAUUGGACCAGAAGCUCCCAAAACUCAUGCGUCUCAGGAUGACAGGCCUUUGAACUACGGACAUGCCCUCUUGCCCGGUGAAGGUGCAGCAAUGGCAGAGUACGUAAAAGCAGGAAAACGUAUACCCCGGAGAGGUGAAAUCGGCUUGACCAGUGAAGAGAUCGCAUCGUUUGAGAGCUCUGGUUAUGUCAUGAGUGGCAGCAGACAUCGCCGAAUGGAAGCUGUGCGUCUGCGUAAAGAGAACCAGAUUUACAGCGCAGAUGAGAAGAGAGCUCUGGCGUCCUUCAACCAGGAGGAGAGGAGGAAACGAGAGAAUAAGAUCCUUGCGAGCUUUCGAGAGAUGGUCUACAGAAAGACUAAGGGCAAAGAAGAAAAAUAGUUUGCUAUUUGAACCGUACACCGUAGACUCUACCAAGCAGCAGCUAACCUGUUCCAGGCAUGAUUUGAAAAAAGCUGCAGGUGCUGCAGUGCCUUUCACCCAGCAGGGCCAAGCCUCAGGUGUGGAUUACUUGUAUCAAGGAAACAGAGUUACUUUUGUCAGAUUUUCUGGGAUGAUUUGUUCACUGUCUACAAAGAAUCCCUGUAAAGUGAAAGGCUA